AUGGCAGCAGUCGACGACGUAUUGUCCGUGUUCCUCGCCAAGGAUGGCGUGGUGAAUAUCCCAUUCGAAGUGAAAACGCCACUUGCCGAGAUGAGCUUAUCCGAUACCAAGUCCUUGGCGCUCAAGCUUGUCGAUAGCCUGGUUGAUUCCAAGUCAUGGAAUAAUUGGGAGUGGACACAAGGCGUUGGUUUGUACGGAAUGUGGAUGCUCUUCGAGACUACCGGAGAUGAGACAGUCCUUAAACACAUUCAAGAAUGGUUCGACAAACAAUUUGCAAAGGGCACGCCAACUAAAAAUGUGAACAGUAUGGCACCUAUGCUCACGUUGGCCUAUCUUUAUGAGCGAACGGGAAGAAUCGAGUACCGAGCGUACCUUGAAUCUUGGGCUGAAUUCAUCAUGGAUGGGAUUCCUCGAACAGAGGAGGGUGGUAUUCAGCACAUAACUUUCCGACAAGUCAACGAAGGCCAACUUUGGGACGACACUCUCAUGAUGAGCGUUUUGCCACUUGCCAAAAUCGGUGUUUUGCUCAACCGCCCAUCCUAUGUCGAGGAGGCCAAGCGACAGUUCUUGCUGCAUAUCAAGUAUUUAACAGAUACACGAACUGGCCUGUGGUAUCAUGGUUGGACAUUCCUGGAAAGACAUAACUUCGCCGAAGCACUUUGGGGAAGAGGCAACUCGUGGGUCACAAUCGCGAUCCCCGAAUUUCUUUCUCUUCUUCAACUACCUCCCGGCGACCACAUCAGGGAGUUUCUUGUUUCUGCCCUUGAUCAGCAAGUGCUUGCUUUGAAGAAGUAUCAAAAUCCAAAUGGGCUCUGGCAUACACUCAUUGAUGAUUCGAGCUCCUACCUGGAAGUAUCCGCUUCAGCGGGAUUUGCUUUCGGCAUUCUGAAGGCGGUUCGGAUGAGAUACAUCUCGAAGGAUUAUCAAAGCAUUGGAUUGAAGGCUCUUGAGGCGGUCAUUAAUAAUGUCAAUGAGAAAGGUGUUGUCCAGAAUGUAAGUUUCGGAACACCAAUGGGGCCAAGCAAGGACUUCUACAAGGCGAUCAAGCUCACGGCCAUGCCUUAUGGCCAGGCUAUGACACUACUGUGUAUUGUGGAGAAAAUGAGAUCAUUUUUGUAA